GUGAGAGACCGACCAUGGUGGCUCAAGAGUGGUCACUAAUGAGGUUCCUCAUCAAGGGAAGUGUGGCUGGAGGAGCAGUCUACCUUGUUUAUGACCAGGAGCUGCUAGGGCCUAGUGACAAGAGCCAGGCUGCCCUGCGGAAGGCCGAGGAAGCUGUGCCACCAGCAAUGCACCAAUUCCACCAAUAUGUGUGCCAGCAGACAUGUCUGGAGAUGCCGCAGCUCCCAGGCCCUUCAAAGAUUAACUUUCCAAACUUCCGUGAUCCCUGGAACUCAGGCAUCGUCUCAGCCAUGGCAGUCUUGUCUGUGGCCCCCUCUUAG